UUAUCCUCUCUCCCUCGCACUUGCUGUCCUCCAAAGUAGUGGAAAAGCCAAUCUCUCUCUACUCUUCUGCACCAAUUUCUUCUCAUAUUUUGCAUUUCCAAUAUUGUCCUCAAACCCAUGACGGACGACAGCCUCUCCUCCCCUCUCCUUCAACCUCAGCCGUCCGAUCAUCCUCCUGUAAUCCUCUCUAUCCGAGAUAAUCACAAUCAUUAUUACCAUCGCCACAACAGCAACAGCAGUAGCCACAAUCUUCGCAAUCCUUUCGAGUUUCUCGGCUCCGAUUUCUUAUCCGUCCCUCCACCCUCCACUGUGGAUCCUUUUCGAAACAACACGCCGAAAAUUGAGGGCGUUUAUGAGGUGUUGAAGUCUUUGAUUUGCUUGCCUAUUGCUUUAGCAAGAUUGGUGCUUUUUGGUGCUUGUUUGUUAGUAGGUUACCUUGCUACUAAAUUAGCUCUUGGAGGAUGGAAAGAUAAAAAUAAUCCCAUGCCUAAAUGGCGAUCCAGGUUAAUGUGGAUUACUAGGUUUUCUGCUCGCUGUAUUCUCUUCUCCUUUGGUUACCAUUGGAUAAAAAGGAAAGGAAACCCAGCUCCAAGAGAGAUUGCUCCAAUUGUUGUAUCUAAUCAUGUAUCUUAUAUUGAACCUAUUUUCUAUUUUUAUGAAUUGUUCCCUACAAUUGUUGCUGCUGAGUCGCAUGAUUCUAUCCCCUUUGUCGGUACUAUCAUUAGAGCUAUGCAGGUGAUAUAUGUUAAUAGGUUCUCACAAUCAUCAAGAAAACUAGCUGUUAAUGAAAUAAAGAGAAAGGCUUCAUGCGAUAGAUUUCCUCGCGUGCUAUUGUUUCCUGAGGGCACGACAACUAAUGGAAACGUCGUUAUUUCUUUCCAACUCGGUGCAUUCAUCCCUGGUUAUGCCAUCCAACCUGUGAUUGUUCGCUAUCCCCAUGUUCACUUUGACCAAUCUUGGGGAUAUAUUUCAUUGGCAAAGCUCAUGUUUAGGAUGUUCACUCAGUUUCACAAUUUCAUGGAGGUGGAAUACUUGCCUAUAGUUUCACCCCUUGAUAACUGUAAAGAAAAUCCCGUCCAUUUUGCUAAGAGGACUAGCCAUUCUAUUGCAAGUGCUCUUAAUGUUGUACAAACAUUUCAUUCGUAUGGGGACUUGAUGCUUCUAAUGAAAGCAUCCCAUUCAAAGCAGGAGAAGCCAUCGAGUUACAUGGUUGAAAUGGCUAAGGUGGAAUCAUUGUACCAUAUAAGUAGCUUGGAAGCUGUGGACUUUCUGGACAAGUUUCUGUCUAUGAAUCCAGAUCCGAGUGGUCGAGUUAAAUUCCAUGAUUUUUUGAGGGCUAUGAGAUUAAGGACUUGUAGUCUUUUGGAAGAGAUAUUUGGGUUCGUUGAUGUAGAAAAGAUCGGUUCAAUCACAUUCAAACAGUUCUUAUAUGGGUCUGCUCAUGUCAUGAAGCAACCGUUAUUCAGACAAACCUGCGAAUUAGCUUGUACCAGAUGCAGUGGUGGAGAAGAUAACUUAAUUUCAAAAGAACAACUGGGAGAUACCAUUAGACUUGCAAUCCCAGACUUGGAUGAUGCGGAGAUUCAUGAGCUCUUCAAAUUAUUUGGUGGCAACGAUGAUGGGAGAGCUAGCAAGGAAACUUUUAUGUGUUGCCUGAAAAAGAAUCCUCUGCUGAUAGCACUUUUUUGGCCUUGUUUGGUGUACAAAGAUUCAUUGGAAUGUGGGGGUAGGAUGUUAGAAGAGUUAGUGUGAUGUCUUGCUUUUGUUUCUUUACUUGAAUGGCCGGUUGGAUUUAAAGCGUGAUUCAUUCAUUCCCCCCCUGCCUGAUGUCUUGGUUUUGUUUUGAAUGGGGAGAGAGAGGCCAAAGGGUUUUUUUAGCCUUUGCCUCUCCAACAUAUGGUCAUAACUCUUGUUUUUCUUUUUCUCCCUUAAAUCAGCUCGGGCAUUCAGUUG